CUGCCGGCCUAACCGUGGUCCUUUCCCAGCACCUGCCCAUUCCGUGCUCUACAGCCCGGGCGCCCAGCCCCCCAGGAGUGGCUUGGGCAGGGCCGGUCCCCAGGGCCUGUCCCCCCCCGCCCGGUGACUGCCUCCCAUCUGCCCUGCGCACUGUUAUCAGGUAACCAGAGAUGGCUGCCGCGUCCACGCCUGAAACAGGAAGCCCUGCGGGGCUCCGCACGGCCGCGCGCCAGGAGCCGGCGCCGGGAUGGAGGGGCGGCAGGCGCUGGCGGCCUGCGAGGACGGGGACCUGGCCGCCUUGGAGCGGCUGCUGGAGGCCGGGGCCCUGGGCCCGGGCACCGCCGACGCCCUGGGGGCCGGCCUGGUGCACCACGCCGCCCGCGCCGGGCGCCUGGACUGCGUCAAGUUCCUGGUAGAGCGGGCCAAGCUGCCGGGCAACCGGCGGGCCCACAACGGGGCCACGCCGGCCCACGACGCGGCCGCCACGGGCCACCUGGCCGAGCUGGGCUGGCUGGUCCGCCACGGGGGCUGCGGGCUGCAGGACCAAGAUGUCUCGGGAGUGUCCCCACUGCACCUGGCCGCCCGCUUCGGGCACCCCGCGGUGGUGGAGUGGCUGCUGCGGGAGGGCCACGCGGCCGCCCUGGAGACCCGGGAGGGGGCCCUGCCGCUGCACCACGCCGCCGUCAGCGGGGACCUGACGUGCCUGAAGCUCCUGGUGGCGGCGCACGGCAGCGGCGUGAACCGGCGGACCCGCAGCGGCGCGAGCCCCCUCUACCUGGCCUGCCAGGAGGGCCACCUGCACCUGGCGCAGUUCCUGGUGAAGGACUGCGGCGCGGACGUGGGCCUGCGCGCCCUGGACGGCAUGAGCGCGCUGCACGCCGCCGCCGCCCGCGGCCACUACUCGCUGGUCGUCUGGCUGGCCACGUUCACCGACGUCAGCCUGGCGGCCCGGGAUCACGAGGGGGCCACAGCCCUGCACUUCGCAGCCCGGGGGGGCCACACGCCCAUUCUGGACCGGCUACUGCUGCUGGGUGCUCCCGUCAUGAGAGACUCGUGGGGUGGGACCCCCCUCCACGAUGCAGCGGAAAACGGACAGUUGGAGUGCUGCCAGACGCUGCUGUCCCACCGCGUGGACCCCUCCCUGCGGGACGACGAUGGCUACACCGCGGCUGACCUGGCGGAGUACCACGGACACCAGGAGUGCGCCCGGUACCUGCGGGACAGGGCUCGGCCGGUGCCGGUCCCGAUGACACCCCCGCCGCCGCCCUUCCCGCCCCCGCCACUGUGCACAGCAAGACUCCCCGUGGAGGAGGGCAGAGGAGGGGGCACACAGCCCAGGAGCCCCCCGGCCGUGACUCUCAGCCCAGCCUGGCCUGGCCAGCCUGUCCCGAGGGAGCCACUGGACUGCACAGACCCCCCGAGGGUCACCACCAGCGCCCCUGCUGCCGCCGAGGGGACGGAGAUGGCAGCGGGGGACGCCCCGGAGGGCCUGGCGGCCCUGCAGCUGGACGGGCUGCCCGCGGGGGACCUGGACGGGCUGGUGCCCACCCAGGAUGAGCACGGCCGGCCCAUCCCCGAGUGGAAGCGGCAGGUGAUGGUGCGGAAGCUGCAGGCCCGCCUGGGCGCAGGCCCGGUUCCCGAGGCCCAGGACGCCGGCGGGGAGCCGGGCCCCGGGGGGCGGGCCGCCUGGCGGUACUCGCAGACCCACCGGGCCAUCCUGGGCCCCUUCGGGGAGCUGCUGACGGAGGACGACCUGGUGUACCUGGAGAAGCAGAUCGCAGACCUGCAGCUGCGGCGCCGCUGCCAGGAGUACGAGAGCGAGCUGGGCCGGCUGGCGGCCGAGCUGCAGGCGCUGCUGCCCGAGCCCCUGGUCCGGAUCACCGUCCGCGGCCACUUCCUGCCGCGGCCGCCCGGCCCGGAGGACGAGGAGGCCCCGGGCCCGGCCGCGGAGCCGGAGGGCGCGGCGGGCGCCGAGCCCCGGCCGGGCGGGCAGCCCCUGCCGUUCUGGUGCGGCCACAUCGCCCGCCUGGUGCGCAGCCUGUCCCUGCUGCUGAGCGGGGUGAACGGGCUGGCGCGGGGCGAGGCGGGGGCGGCGGCCCCGGGGCCCCCGGACGCCGGCAGGGGGGCCCCGGCCGCGCCCCCGCCCAGCGAGGCCCAGCAGGAGAUCCAGGGGUGCGGCGUGUCGGUGCGGACGCUCCGCGGCAACUUCGAGUCGGGCUCCGGCCUGCCCCGCGCGCCGGCGCCCCAGCCCCGGCCGUGCCCGGGGGGCUGCGGCGGCCCGGCCGGAGGGGAGCCCGGGGGGCCGGGCGACGCCGGGGAAGCCGGCAUGAGCGGCGAGGAGGCCCCGUCGGAGGCGGGCGCCGACCCGGGCAGCCUGCGCAAGGAGCGCAUCGUCACGCUCUUCCUCCGCCACUGGAAGAAGUCGGCCUACACGCCCGCCCCGGGCCCGGCCGCCCGCCCCCGCACCCGCCCCGGGGGCCCGCCCCCGCCCCCGCCCCCGCCCCCGGCCCCGCCCGGCCAGGGCCCCCGGCUCGGCCACCUGUGGCAGCAGCGGGGCCUCAUCGCCCACCUGCUGGGCAACUGGAAGGCCAUCCUGGCGCACGUGCCGGCCCGGCAGCUGCGGCGGCUGGGCCGGCGCCCCCGGGGCCCCCUGUCCCCCGAGCAGUUCCUGCCCCACGUGGACGGGGCCCCCGUGCCCUACGACAGCCUCUCGCUGGACCUCUUCAUGCUGGGCUACUUCCAGCUGCUGGAGUGCGAGCUGCCGGCCGAGGAGCGCCGGGCGCGCCACCUGCUCUGCUUCGAGGUGUUCGAGCACCUGGGGGCCCACGGCUGGGAGGCCGCGCGCGCCUUCCACAGGGCCGCGACCGACGAGGUGGCCGCCGGCCGCCGCGCCUGGACCGACGGCUUCGACGACCUCAAGGCGCGCUUCUUCGGCGCCGCGGAGCCCGGGCCCACCCCGCCGGGGCCCCCGCCGCCGGCCGCCCCCCCGGGCGGCGGCCCCCAGCCCGGCCCGGCCCCGCGGCGGGAGGCCGGCGCCCGGCGAGGCGGCUUCGACGGCGAGGACAUCUGCGGCUACAUCGACCGCAGCUUCGCCUUCUGGAAGGAGAAGGAGGCCGAGCUGUUCCGCUUCGGGGAGUGAGGGGCCGGCGGCCCUCCCAGCGGGGCUCCGGGCGGGUUCGGGGUCUGUCUUCUCCCCCUUCUCCAGCCCCCCCCACCCCGGGGG